AUGCCUGAGAUGGAGCAAGAACGAGAUCGGAAUCAAGCAACGGCGUCUCCCAAGGAGCAGACUCCAACGGCCGAGAAGAGAAAUGCCUUCACCGAGCUCCUCUCUUCCCGAAACAAGCAGCCGAAACACGCGCCCAGCAACACCUCCAAAGGCAACGUGCCACACGGCCGCAAGGCUUUCUCCGGAGGCCGAGAUGGACUGGGCGCAUACAUCGCAAAGCCGGAGUCAUAUCCAUCCAGUGUCGUAGUCUACCAUAACGAUGAUUUUGUGGCGAUCCACGAUAUGUUCCCCAAAUCGUCGCUACACCUGCUCCUCCUCCCACGCGACCAAACGAAGACUCGUCUCCACCCAUUCGAGGCUUUUGAAGAUGCUGAGUUCCUGGUGAAGGUGAAAGCAGAGGUCCAGAACCUGCGCAAGCUAGCCGCGGGCGAGCUGCGACGGAAAUAUGGCAAAGACUCCGCGCAAGAGCAAGUGAGAAGGGCAGCGCUCAACGCCGACCCGCCGCCAGACGAGCUACCACCAGGGCGCGAUUGGGACCGGGAGAUUAUGUGUGGUGUCCAUGCGGUCCCGUCAAUGAGCCAUCUACAUAUUCAUGUCAUUGCAGUGGACCGGUAUAGCGAGCGGCUGAAACACCGAAAGCAUUAUAACAGCUUUUCUACGCCGUUUUUCGUGCCUAUUGACGAUUUCCCUUUGGCAGCGGACGAUAGGCGGCGACAGCCAACACAGGAAGGCUAUCUCAAGCAGGACUUUGUCUGCUGGCGCUGCGGCGAUAAUUUUGGAAACCGGUUCAUCGAGCUAAAGAAACAUCUAGCGGAGGAAUUCAAAGAAUGGAAGACGCUGUAA